AUGAGUGAUAGGCAGCUUAAGGAGGUUGACGGGAGCUCUCGGCCGCUUUCAGAUUCUUUGGAGCCCACUUAUUUGGUGAGGUGCGCCAUGCUACUGCGUGUUAGAUUUGUGCUUAUGACAUGUGGGGUGUUUCUCUGUUUUUUCAUUUUUGUGGCUUGCGCUGUACCUCACCGUGGCGGGGAGGAGAGGGGCGUGGUACAGUACUCUUCAAUGUACUUUUUGUGCUGCUUCAUCGGUGGCGUCCUUAGCGGUCUUCCACAUACGCUCAUGACACCGAUGGACCUUGUGAAGUGCCGCAUGCAGGUGGGUGAAUAUGAGAGCAUGACUGAAGGGUUUCGUAUGAUAUACCAGGAUGCUGGUGGUUUUUUUGUUGGCAGCUUCCCACUUUUCUUUCGUGGGUGGGUGCCAACUUUCAUUGGGUAUUCCCUCCAGGGGGGGAUUAAAUUUUUCUUUUAUGAGGUUUUUAAGUUCAUGCUUCUUGAACGCCGGAAGGCGGAGGCUGCGCUGAACUCGCCGAUGGAUACUACAAGUUAUGCCUCUAAGCUUAUGGCGUACUUGGCAGCAAGUUUUUUUGCGGAGGUAAUUGCUGACGUUGCACUGGCGCCUUGGGAAGCCGUUAAAAUUAAGAUUCAGACUACGAGUGUUCACAGAACACAGAUCUCCGUCAUUGUGCCGAUGGUGUGGGCGGCGGAAGGGUGCAACGGUUUUUACAAGGGCCUCACUGCACUCUGGUGCAGGCAGGUACCGUAUACUGUUGUGAAGUUUAUGAGUUUUGAGAGCAUUGCACAACAGCUGUACAAAAUAUUUCUGAGCAACCCAGGAAGUGCGUCGCCGAAGAGUGUGCAACUAUUGGUUUCGCUUUUGGCUGGCAUCAUGGCCGGCAUGCUGUGCGCCCUCGUAUCACACCCUGCCGAUACAAUUGUUUCAAAGCUGAAUCAGCGCGCCGACACGUCGCACGCCACGAGCAAAAAUACACUUUGCUAUAUUGUACGAGAGCUUGGUUGGCGAGGCCUCUGGCGAGGCAUCGUCCCCCGUCUCAUGAUGGUUGGCGCACUCACUGCGAUUCAGUGGGUGCUGUACGACAGCUUCAAGGUGUUUGUUGGUCUUCCCACCACGGGAGGUCGAAGUGUCGCUGCGGCCAAGGUCGCCAACCAUUCGUGA